GGGUAGUUUACUCUGAGUUCGAUAGUUUUCUUACAGUUUUCUGACCAUUGUUUGCUUUUAAAUUAUUAAAAAGAUAUAUUACAUGUAAUUGAUAUUGAUAUUAAAAUUUAUGUGCAAGAUGUCGACCGCACAAAGAUCAUUUGUACAAAAAGUGUCCAAGCAACCGGCGGCAGAUGUACGGAAGAACAUGGCUGCCCAUAUGCAUACGAAGGCCCUCAACGCAGGUUCAAUGUUGUCUUCAACGCUCUCUCUCACCGAACCCCUUGACUAUGAAGAAUUUCUAAAUCAACAUAUUAACAUUAUAAAUCGGGAUCCCUUAAAGCACAUAUUGGACUUUCCCCAAGGAGAUAUUACAAUAAAAAUAAUACCUCGAAAAAUUCGUACCAUAGAACACAUUUUACCCAAAGAAAAUAUCGCUGAUUUGCCAAAGCAUGUACAGGAGUGCAUUUGUUGUUACACGCGUCCUUGGAAAGUUGUUGAGUAUGCACACCGCCAUUACUCCAGUUCGUGUUGUGCACGCGAGCGGAUUGAUCGGGGAACCAUUAGUCCUUCGGCUUACCAACAGGAGUUCGAGAUCGAUAAGGACUUUUCCUCAUUUGACGAUACAUUCACAGAUAAGAGCGAAAGUUGUACACCAAGCUCGAGACAAUCUAUUGCCAGCCUAGCUUCAGUUAGCUCUUGCACAGAUACAUUAACUCCUCGUGGCUCUUGGGCUAGUUUUGAUUUACGGCGAUCUGUUAAUGACCCGCUUAUUCCAAAUCUAUUGGAUAAUGUUCAACCCGAACAAAUUGAUCAGUUGAAUGAGACACGACGCCAAGAAAAUCGACAAGAGGCCGUUUUUUCUUUAUAUCCAGAAACGGAAAGUGAUGAAAUUAUUGAGAGAAGGCUACCCGCUGAGCUUCCCAUUGAGCAUAUGGGUCAUCGCAUACACGUUAAUUGUCUGCAGUUAAAACUGGAGCUCGAAGUAGAACCUAUAUUUGCAUCAAUGGCUAUAUAUGAUGCCAAAGAGCGUCAAAAGGUAUCCGAGAAUUUUUACUUUGAUAUGAAUUCAGACAAUCUUAAGUUAAUGCUAUCAAAUCAUGUUCGUUGUGCCGAUAUUAGCACGCAAAGUCGUUCCGCUAUAUUUGAAAUUUCAUAUCCAAGUAAUGAUUUGUUUCUCGUUAUACGCCUUGAGAAAGUUCUACAGGGUGACAUCAAUAACUCUGUUGAGCCAUAUCUCAAAGAAGACAAGGAUAAAUAUAGGGAGAAAGUCAAGUCAAAUGCAAUGGAUUAUUGUGAACGUUUGGGUAAAUAUCGCAUGCCGUUUGCAUGGACUGCCAUAUAUUUAACAAAUGUCUUCAAUGGCGACAACUUUGAAAACAAGGACUCUUGUCCUGGAGAAAGAGAUUCAUCUGGGAGCGGUGGGAGUGCAACUCUAGCAUCUGCUGCAAGCUCAAACAGCUUAGAUCGCAAGUCGUCGACUAGCAGCUUCGACCAGCUACGGCGGAAAGCGAACGAUAUGAGUGGCACAUUGACGCGGCGUGGCUCUCUGGAACGCAAGGAGAAACGUCGUUCUUGGUCACCAGAUGAUUUCGCCAACGUUAUCGAAAGCUUUCGUCCUAUUACGAUAACAGUACCGAGUUUUUUUAAACAAGAGGCUGAUAAAAUGAAAGAUGAGGACUUGUACAAAAUAUUGCCUGAACUGAAAAGGCCUAAUACAGUUAUCAAAAAAUAUAAAUGUAUUCCAGGAUCUAUUAAAUUGGAAAUAUCGCCAUGUGUUGACGAUGUUAUGAACGCGUUAACACCGGAGCUGGCCAAGAUCGAGCCACAGAGUGGCGACAAAACACGUCCAGUUAAAGAAAUUUUAGAGUUUUCACCGUUAGCGAUAUAUAAUCCCCAUUACAGCUAUCGUAAUUUACUUUUUGUAUCUCCCAAAGAGUUAAAUUUUUCGUCACGCGCUGGAUCUGCACGAAACAUUGCGAUUCGUGUGCAAUUGAUGGCAGGAGAGACUCCAAACGAUGCCGUCAAUGCCAUUUUCGGUAAAUCAUCAUGUCCGGAAUAUGCAACGGAAGCAUACACAUCCGUCAACUACCAUAACAAGUGUCCAACGUUUUAUGACGAGAUUAAGAUAGCUUUGCCCGCAUCUAUCAAGCAGCAUCAUCAUUUAUUAUUUACUAUCUACCACGUAUCAUGCCAAAAAAAACCGCAUGAACUGCAACUUCCGGUAGAGACUCCGAUCGGUUACACCUGGCUACCACUUCUCGAGGAUGGGAAGCUAAAAGUUGGCGAUUUCAAUCUACCUGUAAUGGUGGAAGCGCCUCCGGAGAACUACUCCUUUAUACCACCAAAUGUCCAUCUUCCCGGAAUUAAGUGGCUGGACAAUCAUCGUGCCGUUUUUUCCAUUAGUGUGGGUGCAGUUACUUCCAUUCACACUUUAGAUGCACACCUCGAUCGCUUCUUUUUAAACUGCGAAUAUCUGGACACCCGCAAUAUACCCUCUCAUAUUGGUGAGAGUAAUAUGGAAGCUGAGCUCAAAAGAUGUCUGCUGGACAUAAAUCAGUCAAAUCGUGAAUCGCUGGUUAGGCAUUUGCCUCUUGUGCUAGACAAACUCAUUGAGUUGCUGGUAACUAGCCAUAAAGUAGGAGGUCACACCAUGUCCCUGGGUUCCACCGUGUUUGAGGUGCUUUGUUUAGUGUCGGCACAUUUGUCGUUACUCAGCGAUGUUGAUCAAUAUGGACGUCAAAGUUUAUUUUCCACUUAUGUGCAGUUCCAGUGUAAAAUACCACACCCAAUGGCUGCUAAACGUGGUAUAAAUAACGAAUUUCAAUCAAAUGAAACGUCUGCUUUAUAUGAUAAUAUUUCGAGUAUUGGCCGCACUGAUUUUGAUAAUAAUCCAUCCUUAAGUGCCAGACUUGAAACACAGGCUUCUCACGUAUGCUUGCUGCAUGAAGAGCUUGCCUUGCAAUAUACACUGGCCAAUGGAAAAGUAUCCGAUCUAGCCAUGAGUAAUUCAUGGUUUCUUUUCGAACUUAUUAUAAAAUCCAUGACAGAGCACCUAGACUAUUCAGAUACAUUACAUGGGCAACGGAAGCACAGAUUUUCACAUCAAUUUGUCGACGACAUAUCUGCACUUGUUACAGGAGUCACCAAUAAAGUUGCUGAAUAUCAUAGCUCAGAUCCAAGACAAGCUCAGUCUUUAAACGCCAGCUUAAGCUUUUUCAUAUUUGACCUGCUGAGUAUUAUGGACCGAGGAUUUGUCUUUGGCUUAAUUAAAGUCUAUUCCAAACUUAUAAUGUCGAGGAACUCAACCGCACCCGAUCUCAUGAACUACAAAAUAGACUUUCUUCGUAUUGUUUGCAGUCACGAACACUUUGUUGCUUUAAAUUUACCUUUUGGUACUCCUUACACCACAAUCUCAGCGCCUUGCAGUCCUACUCCCAGCACCACAUCGAACAAUAGUCAGACUUCAUAUGGAUCUGUUGAACGCGCUCUGCACGCAGACCUCAGUACAGAAUUUCGUCAACAGCACUUCCUAGUCGGCCUGGUUUUAGGUGAUUUGGCUACUGUAAUGGAGGUACCAAAUCCCCAAUUGCAUGGAAAAGCCAUAAGCUGCAUACGCAAUCUAUUGACUUCCCAUGACUCACGAUACGAUUCAGAAGCACGAUCUCGAGUGGCUUCACUAUACAUACCACUGCUCUCGAUAGUUAUGGAUAGUUUCUCGCAACUGCAUCAAUAUAUAUCAGAUGCUCCAGAUCAUGAUCGCUUGCAUCAGAUGGGUCAACUGGAAGAUUAUCAGGGUCCACACCAGACCAUUGCCACGUCCACAAUUAGCCCAGAAGUGGCAUAUGCCAUCUCUGGCAGUCGUGUUUACUCAUACAUGACGGAGCAGUCAAAGAACAAGAUACCGCUGAACGCAGAAAACACUCGUCAUUUAUUGGCUUGUUUCCUUUGGGUGCUAAAAAAUUUGGAGCGUACUAUACUUUACCGUUGGCUGCUCGGCUUAACUCCCCAUCGUGUACACCAAAUGUUGCAAGUGCUGAAUACAUGUUUAAAAGCCUUUGAAUAUUCUGGUCAAAAACGAUUGCCCACUCUAAAGCGAACUAACACACACAGUUUUCGAAAAACAGCACCUACUGAUGUCAAGGACAAAUUGGAGGAAUGUAUUAGAGGAACAAAUUCAGCACGGUAUGAUCUGAUUAACCGUCGCAAGGAUCGUAAUUCGACGGAGAAACUUCGGUGGCGCAAGGAUCAAAUGCCAUACCGUUCACAAUAUAGUGAUGGGAUGAGCAGAUGUGAACCAGAGCUUGAGCUAAGUCAUUUUAUCGAGGGCUCACUAGCUACGGAAACUGGACUUAUUAUACUUGAUUCAUUGGAGAUAAUUGUACAUGUAGCCACCAAUCUACAUCAUAAUCUUUUGGGAACAGUUUUAAAAGUCUUAUUGCAUAGUUUAUCGCGCAAUCAGUCGACACUCGCUCUACAAAAUUUGUUUGCAUCUCAACGUGCGCUGAUUUUUAAAUUUCCAAAUCUGUUGUUUGAUGAAGAAACAGACAUAUGUGCAGAUUUGUGUCUUCUGCUAUUAAAACACUGCGCAUCACAAUUGCCAGGUAUCCGCUCCCAGGCUGCAGCAUCAUUGUACUUAUUAAUGAGACAAAACUUUGAAAUUGGAAAUAAUUUCGCACGUGUUAAAAUGCAAGUAACUAUGUCUCUAAGCUCUCUGGUUGGCACUAGCGCUUCAUUCAGCGAGCAAUCACUUCGACGUGCAUUGAAGACAAUUUUGGUUUACGCCGAGUCUGAUACGGAUUUACAGGAAACGUCCUUUCCAGAGCAAGUGCAAGAUUUACUGUUUAAUUUGCACAUGAUACUGUCAGACACUGUUAAGAUGAAAGAAUACCAAGAGGACCCAGAAAUGCUGCUAGACUUGAUGAAUCGAAUAGCAAAAGGAUACCAAAAUAAUCCAGACUUGCGGUUAACAUGGCUUGAAAACAUGGCUAAAAAGCAUCGUGAGCGUGCUAACCAUACUGAGGCAGCCAUGUGUUACGUACACGCUGCAGCCUUGGUUUCCGAGUACCUGAGCAUGCUCGAAUCCCAAACACAUUUGCCAGUCGGUGCUGUGAGUUUUCAGCGUAUUUCACCAAACACUUUUAUGGAGUCGGCGGUGUCGGAUGAUGUUCUGAGUCCCGGCGAAGAUGGUAUAUGCCUGGGCAAUCAUUUUACUGAGACGGGAUUAAAAGCGUUACUUGAAGAGGCAUCAAAUUCGUUCCAAGUUGCUGGCAUGUACGAAGCUAUGAACGAGGUGUAUAAAAUAUUAAUUCCAAUCUGCGAAGCGAACCGCGAGUUUCUCAAGCUCGGUAAAGUUCACGGAAAGCUGCAAGAAGCAUUCAAUCGAAUUGCACAACUUCAGGGUAAACGAGUAUUUGGAACGUACUUUCGGGUUGGUUUUUACGGCGCUAAAUUCGGAGAUCUGGAUCAACAAGAAUUCAUUUACAAAGAGCCUACAUUGACAAAAUUACCAGAAAUAUUUAGCAGACUUCAGAACUUUUAUGCGGAUAGGUUUGGUCCAGACUCUGUGCAUAUAAUUAAGGAUUCAAAUAAUUUCGACACAAAUACAUUAGAUCCGGAAAAAGCUUAUAUACAAAUCACUUAUGUCGAACCCUUUUUCGAAACUUAUGAAAUGCGUCAUCGUGAAACUUACUUCGAAAGAAAUUUUAACAUCAAACGGUUCAUAUUUUCAACACCUUUCACUAAAAACGGAAAAGCUCAUGGGGAAUUACAUGAGCAAUGCAAGCGAAAAACGAUUCUAACGACAGCAAACCAUUUUCCAUACGUAAAAACUCGUAUCCAAGUUAUCAGCAGAACUCAAUUUCAGUUGGAGCCGAUUGAAGUGGCCAUUGAGGACAUUCAAAAGAAGACAGUGGAAUUAGCUGCGGCUACGAAUCAGGAGCCAGCCGACCCAAAAAUCCUGCAAAUGGUAUUGCAGGGUUGCAUUGGUACUACCGUCAACCAGGGCCCUAUGGAAAUGGCUAGUGUAUUUCUCUCAAACUUAUCUGAUGGCAGCACGGUUCCUACAAAGCAUCAAAAUAAAUUACGAUUGUGUUUCCGAGAGUUUUCUAAGCGAUGUGCGGAUGCUUUAAAAAAGAAUCGCAAUCUGAUAUUGUCAGAUCAAAAAGACUAUCAACGCGAGCUUGAACGUAAUUAUGAACGCUUCGUGGAAAGACUGUCUCCGCUCAUCACACUAAAACCAGCACAAACUCAAGGGGUUGUAAAAGCCAACGCCUAUCAAAAUAAAAGCACUCCACUAAAAUGCGUGUCGGAUUAUUUUAAGUAAGUUUUUAUUAUUAAUAACAAAUGCAAAUUAUAAAUUACUUAAGAUUAAUAACUACACAUA